AUGUCCGGCAGAGGUAAAGGAGGCAAAGUCAAGGGGAAGGUCAAGUCUCGCUCCAAUCGCGCUGGACUCCAGUUCCCCGUUGGACGUAUACACAGAUUGUUGCGUAAGGGCAAUUACGCUGAGCGUGUCGGUGCCGGUGCACCGGUCUACUUGGCUGCCGUCAUGGAAUAUCUAGCCGCUGAAGUUCUAGAGUUGGCCGGCAACGCCGCUCGCGACAACAAGAAAACUAGGAUUAUCCCUAGGCAUCUCCAACUCGCCAUCCGCAACGACGAGGAGUUGAACAAGCUCCUCUCCGGUGUGACUAUCGCACAGGGCGGUGUGCUUCCCAAUAUUCAGGCGGUGCUCCUUCCCAAGAAGACAGAGAAGAAGGCCUAA